CCUUCUCAGAAGUUCUGGGCUGGGAUUGGCUGACGCUCUGGUGACGGAAUCAGCGUGUUCCUACCUGUCAGGCUCAUUCCCCAAAACAGGAAAAGGAAAACUACUGAAAAUAUAAGAAUAAUCUCAAAACGGUGCACACGUUUUUUACUGUAAAAGUUCCUCUCGUUCCCCAGAAGAUGGCGCAGUGGGGCCAGCUUCAGAUGUUGGACUGUAAGUACCUGGAGCAGGUGGACCAGCUGUACGACGACUCCUUCCCCAUGGACAUCCGGCAGUACCUGAGCAAGUGGAUCGAGAGCAUCGACUGGGAUACGGUGGCGAUGCAGGACUCGCUGGCCACCAUCCGCUUCCACGACCUGCUGGCUCAGCUGGACGACCAGCACAGCCGCUUCGCGCUGGAGAACAACUUCCUGCUGCAGCACAACAUCCGCAAAAUCAAGAGGAACCUGCAGGAUCGGUUCCAGGAGGACCCGGUCCACAUGGCCAUGAUCAUCUCCAGAAACCUGAAGGAGGAGCAGAAGAUCUUGGCUAAUGCGAAGAGCCUGGAGGAGGGCGAAGGGACGGUGUCGGCCAUGGUGGUGGAGAAGCUGAAGCUGGACAACAAAGUGAAGGAGAUGAGGGAGCGAGUCCAGAUGGUGGACGGGAACAUCAAGAACGUGGAGGACCUGCAGGACGAGUACGACUUCAGGGUCAACUCCCUGAAGAACAGAGAAAACGAAAUGAACGGCAUGACGGUGAAGGAGCUGGAGAAGGAGAAGAUGGGGAUCGCCAGGAUGGGCUUCGAGCUGAAAUCCAAGCGUCAGGACGCGGUGAUCCAGCUGAGCGAGCUCCUCACCGUCAUCCACGCCCUCCUGACAGACCUGAUCUCCGAGGAGCUGCCGGAGUGGAAGCAGCGGCAGCAGAUCGCCUGCAUCGGCGGCCCGCCGAACGCCUGCGUGGACCAGCUGCAGAACUGGUUCACGGCCGCAGCCGAGAGCCUCCAACAAGUCCGUCAGCACCUGAAGAAGCUGCAGGAGCUGGAGCAGAAGUUCACGUACGACAACGACCCCAUCACGCAGAAGAAAGCCUUCCUGGAGUCCCGGACUCUGGAGCUGCUCAAAAACCUCCUCUCCAACUCCCUGGUGGUGGAGCGGCAGCCCUGCAUGCCCACCCACCCGCAGAGGCCGCUGGUGCUGAAGACCGGCGUCCAGUUCACCGUCAAACUGCGGUUUCUGGUGAAGCUGCAGGAGUUUAACUACCAGAUCAAAGUCAAAGCCGUGUUCGAUAACGGAAGUUCAACAUUUUGGGAACAAACACCAAAGUCAUGAACAUGGAAGAGUCCAACGGCAGUUUGGCGGCCGAGUUCCGACAUUUGCAACUGAAGGAGCAGAAAGUGGCCGGCAACAGAACCAAUGAGGGUCCUCUGAUCGUCACCGAGGAGCUUCACUCUCUCGGGUUCGAGUCGGAGCUGCAGCUCAACCAGUCCGGCCUCAGCAUCAAGCUGGAGGCCAUGUCGCUGCCUGUGGUGGUCAUCUCCAACGUGUGCCAGCUGCCCAGCGGCUGGGCCUCCAUCCUCUGGUACAACAUGCUCACCACCGAGCCCAAGAACCUGAAGUUCUUCCUGUCGCCGCCGGCGGCUAAGUGGUCCCAGCUGUCCGAGGUCCUCAGCUGGCAGUUCUCCUGCGUCACCAAGCGAGGCCUGAACCAGGAGCAGCUCAACAUGCUGGCGGACAAGCUGCUGGGAGCCAAAGCCCAGAGGAACCCGGAGGGACUCAUCCCCUGGACCAAGUUCUGCAAGCAGCAGGGUGCCAACGAGAAAUCCUUCGCCUUCUGGCUGUGGAUCGAGGGGAUCCUGGAUCUGAUCAAGAGGCACCUGCUGUCCCUGUGGAACGACGGCUCCAUCAUGGGCUUCAUCAGCAAAGAGAGGGAGAAGGCUCUGCUGAGCGACAAAUGUCCGGGGACCUUCCUGCUGCGGUUCAGCGAGAGCAGCCGCGACGGCGCCAUCACCUUCACCUGGAUCGAGCACGACAUCCACGACAAGCCCAUCUUCCACUCCGUCGAGCCGUACACCAAGAAGGAGCUGUCCGCCGUUUCGCUGCCCGACAUCAUCCGCACCUACAAGGUGAUGGCGGCCGAGAACAUCCCAGAGAACCCGCUGCGCUUCCUCUACCCCAACAUCCCCAAAGACAAAGCUUUUGGAAAAUACUACCCCAAACCUCCAGAGAGUCAAGAGCCCAUGGACGUGGAGAGCGCUCAGCCCAGCGGCUACAUGAAGACCGAGCUCAUCUCUGUCUCUGAAGUACCGCCGUCCAGGCUGCAGGACAACAUCAUGCCCAUGUCUCCCGACGACUACAAGGCACUGGAGCAGUUUGUGGGCCACAGAGACAUCGACGCUGUGACCAACAAUCUGAUGGACUUUGGAGGGUUUGACGCUCAGAUGUGUGGAGACUUACAGGAUGAAAACUGAAGCCGGAUCGACGCGCUGCUCUGGUUUCUUCAGCAAAUGUUUCACAUCAAACAGCAAAUCCUCACACACAACUCACCCUGCUAGUGUGUGUGUGGCCUUCACUGUAGGAAUUUAAAUGUGACAACGAGCAAGAAAAAGCUUUUAUUGUGAAAUCUCAGAUUCAAAAUGGUUUUAUUUAAAAAGCUCCAGGAGAGAAUAUCUGUUUUUAUGUAAUAAAUAGAUUCAUUUGCAUUUAUUUGGAUCCUGGUAGGACUCCUCCUUUUUGUUAUGGCUCUUGGUUCCAUUCCAACUUUAUUUAUAAAGCACUUUUAACAAUCCUCAUUUACAGAGAAUCAAGUAAAAAUCCAAACAGUAUUGUAAAAAAUAUAUAAAAUAAUUACCAAAGUGAUGUCUUCUUCCAGAGGUUUAGGCUCUAGAUAUGUCCCAAAACAUGAAAAUAAAAGCAUCUCAAAAUGGAUUCUAGAAUGAGAUGCUGUCAAUGUAGCUAAAAAGGUUUUUGAAAAGGAGUUUUUCUUUUUAAUUCACUAUGUAAACAUGAAGAGAUGGAUGUGUUUUAUUUUGAAAAUUAUAUUGUGAAAAAUUAUAGAAUAGUGUCAAUUACAAGAGAGUUUUUGGACGUAAGCAUCACUUGGUGACGGCGAGGUAAAAUAAAAAGACGGUGAAUUGACUCCAUGUUUUCUGUCAUCUGGGUUUGGGCUUUUUGUUUUCGCUUCGUCCCGAUAAGCUCUGAUGUUUGUUUACGGUGGUGUCAGAAACCAUUUUCAUGGAAUAAACCAUCUCAGACCUCCA